AGAAAUGCAUGUAAUUAAAAGGAUUUGCACUUGAAAGUUAAGUCACUUUCUUAAGGAGUGGGGGGGACACUACUAAUUCUAUGAUAUUAUAACCAUGCCAAAACUUUUUUCCCCUAUCAUCUUGUUUAUACUUUACAAACAAAGAAACCUAACAACAAUACCUGAUGUGAAAAACAUAUAGUGACAUUCCACACAUGAAAUUCUAUGUGCUUGUUUUUUUAAUUUCCUGGUUAGCUUAUGGCUAUUGCACUUCCAAUGUUCACAUUGGUUAUCAAGUAAGUCUUGCUAUACCAACAACAUAUAGCAAAGGUUUCAUAGGCAGGGCUUUUUUAAUGGAAACUGACAACCAAAUGACACCAAAUUUUAGAGCUGGAAUCAGUGUUGAAGCCAUUAAUGAGAAAUACACAUGUUCACUUGAUGUUUUUUUGGGAGAUGUGAAGGUUUGGAGUUCUGGUCAUUUAUCACAGUUUUAUACAAUAGAUAAAUGUGCACUUCAGCUGACUCAAUAUGGAGACUUACAAUUGAAAGGUCAAGAUGAUAAAAUUGGAUGGAAAGCUGGAACUUCUGGACAAGGUGUGAAGAGGCUACAUUUACUUGGGUCAGGUAAUUUGGUUUUAGUUGAUGCAUUGAACUUGAUAAAAUGGCAAAGUUUCAACUUCCCAACUAAUAUUAUGCUUUGGGGCCAGAGACUUAGCUCAAGAACUCGGUUAACUUCUUUCCCUAGCAACUCUAGUUUGUCAUAUUCAUUUGAAAUUCAGUAUGACAAGAUUGCAUUGUACUUGUACUCUGGAAAAUCGAAGUACUCGUACUGGGAAUAUACACCUUUGGAAAUGAAUGACCUAAAUAUUACAUUCGUCGAAUUAACUUCAAAUGCGUUGGAGAUAUUCAACAACGAAAACCAUAGAAUUGGACGGAUAAAAUCGGACAAGCCAGAGCCUGUAAGAUUUUUAGCAUUGGGGAAUAACACAGGGAACUUGGGAUUUUACUAUUACUCAGCUGACAAAGGAAAGUUUGAAGCUUCAUAUCAAGCACUAAAUACAACUUGUGAUCUUCCUUUGGCAUGUAGACCUUAUGGUAUUUGUACAUUUUCAGAAGAGUGUUCUUGCAUAAGGCUAAUAAAAAGAGGAGAUGGUUUGCUUUCUGAUUGUGCUGAGAAUGUAACUGAGGGAUUAUGCGGCAGAAAUGAAUCCCAAAUGCUAGAGUUACAAGGCGUUACGAGUGUAUUAAGAAGCAAUCCUUAUAAAGUCAAUGUUAGCAAAGAAGUAUGUGCAAAUUUUUGCAUGGAUAAUUGUACAUGUGUUGCAGCAUUACAUUUUUCAGUUGAUGAUUCUGAGGACGAUCCGACAAAAUCGGGAGAAUGCUAUUUGUAUGGACUAGUGAGAGGAGUUAAACAAAUUGAAAGGGAUGGUAGAUUGAGUUAUAUGGUUAAGGUACCAAAAGGAACUGAUCAAGAUCAUGGUGAACAUUCUCAUUGGAAAAAAUGGAUUGCAAUUGUGGUAGGAGUGGUUGAUGGAGUUGUUGUGUUACUUGUUUUGGGAGGGAUUGGAUACUAUGUUAUUCGAAAGAGAAGAAAAUCAUGUGUAGAUACUGGUCCCAACAAUUGAACUUGUAUAGUUGAGAAAUUCUUUUUUUCAAGAUCACAUUUUUGUUCAUGGUGAUACAAAUUGUAACAGAGAAGUUAAUUGUGACAAUUUCAAGUCCAUAUCCAAAGAAUAGAAACUUGCAUACUUACAUGCAGAUAGAAGUGAAUUGAUGAAAAUAACCUAUGACCAAAUGUCAAAGAUUGAGCUGAAGUUACAACAAAUAGCAGAGUCAGGUAUGCAAUCUUUUCAGAAUUAAAUGUUAUUAUGCCUAGUGCAUUGUUUAAAAUGUAUAUCUCAGUCAUCUGCAAUACUGAACAGCUAAGUUGCUCUGACAUGGCAGUUAAGGUGCCGCACUCGUAUUGACACGACACUAGUAUGUGUGUGGUAUGGGAUCCAUACCGGAUCUGGUCGAACAGUUUUGGGUACUUGACCAUGACCGGAUCUAGAGGUAUUUUAAAUUUUUCUCUUCUUUGAAUUAUAUUUAGCCGGAUCCCCACACUUGUAUCCCUACUAGGAUCCGUAUCCCUGAAUCUUAUAAUUUACAUCUCAAAGAUUCCGACCUCUAGAUCCGCACUCGCACACCAUGUUUGAGCAACUUAGCUGAGCAGAUGAAAAUGAUGUUGCUUGAAUGUUGGACGGGAAAUGGCUACAAGAACUAAAUGAAAUUCUGAUAUUUUUACUUGAAAAA